AACGUCGUCGCAGCGUCCCUCAAAACCAUGAUCUUUGCUCAAAACCAUUGAAGCGCCGCCCUUGAAUGGUUCAGACGGAAUUCUCCUCCCAGUGAACUGGGUUCAAGGACCGCCCUUUCAUUCGGAACACCAUUCAGUUCAUCAGCACUGCAUUUUGCAGUAAAAUUUCAAUCUUGCUGGACUGAUUUCCCCAUGCAAAUAAAAGGCAACUGGCAAUAAAUUUCCAUUAUGUUCUCGCAACCUAUGUUUCCGUUUCUUCUGGAUGUGAACAAUGAAGGCGAGUUGCACAUAGAAACGAUGUCAUGGCUUAUCAUCCUUAUGGGUGGUUGUGCUUUCUUGGCCAUGCAGUUUAUUGAUAUGCCUUAUGGGAGAUAUACAUCCAGUAAAUUCGGAUUUUUGGUCAAUGUGAAGGCUGCAUGGUUUAUCCAAGAGAUCCCAUCCUUGGCAAUCCCACUGUAUUUGUUGUUUAUCAAUGCUGGCAACAAACCAGUGCAACUUCCCAACCAGCUCUUGCUCGGCAUGUUCAUCUGCCACUACACCCACAGGUCACUGUUGUUCCCGUUUUUAAUCAGAGGUGGAAAACCAUCACCCUUCAUCGCUUUUUCAUUGGCUUUCACAUUUUGCGCAUAUAAUGGAUAUCUGCAGGCCAGGUACCUAAUCAAGUAUGCUGUUUACACCUCAAACUGGAUAACUGAUCCACGCUUCCUCACAGGCUCAGCACUCUGGUUUCUCGGAUUAUUAGUGAACCUGCAUUCCGACCAUAUCCUCAGAAACUUACGAAAACCUGGUGAAACGGGAUACAAAAUUCCACGAGGUGGAAUGUUUCAAUAUGUGUCCGGUGCCAACUUCCUUGGAGAAAUAGUAGAAUGGAUGGGCUUUUCCGUAGCAUGCUGGUCACUGCCCAGUGCAGCAUUUGCCAUAUUUACAUUUUUAAUUCUCGCUUCUCGGGCUGCCCAACAUCAUAGAUGGUAUCUGGAAAAAUUUGAAGAUUAUCCAAAGACAAGGAUGGUCUUAAUACCAUUCCUGUAUUGAAAUGUCUAAAAGAGGCUAAAUAGAGCCUUGAAAUCAGAUAAAGGUAUUGAAUUCAUCAGAAAAAUAUCCAUAGCCCUUUUAAUGACAUGGUGAGCCUUAAAUUCGCUUGGACUACCUCUAACCCUGGAAACUAACUUUUACAAGUGUCGAGUGUAUCAAAAUUAGUUGCUGCUGAAGCUUUAAAAUAUAUAUUUUUUCUCUAUAUUCCCAUAUGUUCCUCUUAUUUCUCUUAUUGUAAUCAAUUGAACAUUAUGUUUCAUGUUACUAUGUUCAUACUUUGGGUUGCUAAUGAUUCUUCAGUCUUAUUAGCUAUGGAAGUAAAUGUGCCCCUAGCUGUGAUGUCUAGAAGCAUUUUCAAAAAUGGACGUCAUUCAGUACUGAGAUGAGAAGAAAUCUUUGCAUCCUGAGUGUGGUGAACUUGAGGAAUUUAUCACCCAGCCUGUAUUUGGUGUAUGCAUGCAAUACAGGACAUUUUUUGUUGUUGUUGGUAUUAAUGAAAAUAAAGGCUAUGGCAUUAAUGCAUGAAUAUGGCACUGAGAAAAUAAAUAAAUUCAGCCAUGAUCUUAUUGAAUGGCGGAGCAGAUAUAAGGGGUGUAUUCCUAUUUCUUAUGUUCUGAUACUUUUUAUUGCUUUCCUGGUUUCGCUAACAAUAUCUGGUAAUAAUUACACAAAUUAGAUCAGGGCUGGAGCACUCUGAAAUUGAGACACUUUUUAAUUACAAGAACACAUUCCCACCCUGUCUUAAAACCUUCAAGUCAAAUUGUUUGGUGAGGAAGGAAGACAAACUGCUGCUGUGCUGUCCCAGCCACUAGAUGGCAAAAAACAUCCCUAUACAGUCUUACUGAUGCAUUUCUCAAAUCAUAAAGCAACUUAUUGUCAGUUUUCCCUUGUUGCCUGUGCUGCAAGUCCACAGGGAACUUGCAUUGAAGAAAAAUAUAGACAAACUGUUACGUUGGAAAAAAUGUCCCAAAGGUCCAGUUAUUACAAAACAUAAUAUCUGAACAAUAAGUGACUGAUAUGAGGUUUUGUUCUUCAUGACACAAUAAAAAGAACAGAAUGUAAA